UUCCUGCUCUCCUCCGCAUAUAUUAACAAGCACCAGUAGCGCAAAGGGAGACCACAUCUCUCUCUCUCUCCCUCUCUCUCUCUCUCUUUCCCCCAAACUCUCUUCUGUGCUCACGCCAGACCUGUGACUGUGCAGGAUUACGACACGACCAGAUCUGCGGAAUCCCGGGGAUCGAUACCAAUAACGAGCAAGAGUUCCGGUGUGGAAAAUCACCAUGAAUGUGAACAUGAACGAACUGACGGACCUGCUGGACAUGUUGAGGGAGCAGAACUUCUCCUUCCUGGAGGAGAACGGCUCCCGAGUGGAGACCAUAGUGUGCCAAACUGCCUUCAGCCAGAACGCCAUGCUCUAUUCGCUCUCCAUCCUCUAUGUGUUCAUCUUCAUCAUCGGCCUGGCCGCUAACACACUGGUGGUAUGGGUGAACAUUCGAUCCAGCCGUGAGCGCCACGAGACCCACUUGUAUAUCCUCAACCUGGCCAUUGCUGACCUGUGUGUAGUGGCGACACUGCCGAUAUCCAUCAGCUCGCUUCUCCAGCAUGGCCACUGGCCAUUCGGUGAUGCCAUGUGUAAGAUCACACAUCUCAUCUUCAGUGUCAACCUCUUCAGCAGCAUCUUCUUUCUCACCUGCAUGAGUGUGGACCGCUAUCUCUCUGUGGCUCGUUGUGGUGAUUCCCCGGGACACAACAAGAGAAGAUGGAUAAGGCAGGUCAUCUGUGUGGGAAUAUGGGUGUUGGCACUGCUCGCUGCCCUGCCUGAUACUUACUUUCUCCAGGCGGUCAAGUCCACACACUCAGAUAUAACUGUAUGCAAAUCCAUGUACCCAGCCGAGAGGUUAUACGAGUGGACUGUAGGUGUCCAACUGAGCUUCAUUGUCCUUGGUUUUGCCAUUCCCUUCCCUGUUAUUGCUGUUUUCUAUGCCCUCCUAGCCAGGGUGAUCAGCUCCUCGGCGGACCAGGAGCGCUGUGCCAGCCGUCACCUCGUCUUCACCUACAUAGUGGUAUUUUUGGUGUGCUGGCUGCCCUACCAUGGCACGCUACUUCUGGACACUCUGGCACUGGUCAACGCACUGCCACUGAGCUGCACACUGGAGAAUACGCUGUACGUGGCACUGCAUGUAACACAGUGCCUCUCUUUGCUACACUGCUGUGUCAACCCGGUCGUGUACAACUUCAUCAACCGCAACUACCGCUACGACCUCAUGAAGGCCUUCAUCUUUAAGUACUCCACCAAAAGUGGCCUGGCCAAGCUAAUCGACGUGACACGUGCCUCUGAGACUGAGUACUCUGCUGUUGAGAGCCAGGGCCCUCUGUGAAGAAAUUUCCUGUGAAGAAACUUCUAACUGACUUUGCUGUAAACUCUGCUGGCCCUCUGUAUUGGGUUGAGAAACACAUAUGGGACAGUUACAAAGAGAAAGCUCUCUUUAACCGCAUCUCCUGAAACAGCAUAUGCAUUUGUAAGGGACUAUAGAAUAUUGUAUUUGUUCAGGAUAUACUAUACAUCUCUAUAUACAAAUAGAAUUGAAUUUUUUUUUUUUUUGUAAAAUCGAUUGAUUUUGAGAGCUGUAAUGACAGAAGCACUUGUACUGAGUUGAAGGGUAAGCCAGUAAGCUUCGGGGUUGACUGGUCAAGCGUAUAAGGUCAUAGGGGUCAGUCGAAAUCUGCUCCCCCAGAGGAGACGCACAGAGAACUCACAAAGCCUCAGGGCCCUGCUUGACCUCCGGGCUGACCCUGUCUCCGUUUAUCUCUACCUUUCGGCCACCUUUAGGCUGACUGUCGUGGCAUCACAAGUGUUUAGCCAAUGGACCAAGACAGAGUUAAUAAGGAGGGACACAAAAGAGCCAAAGCAUGGUGAGCGGAAGGGGACAAGUCCAAAAUCUCAUUAAGAGACACUGUCAAGGAAUGACUGAAUUGCUUGCAUGUGUUAUUGUAUAAAUCCCGCUGUAGAAACCAGAUAUACUUUUUUUUUUAGAUAGAUGUAUGCUUUGUAAAUACUAAGGAAUAUUUAUAUAUUCAUCAGUGUGUAUGUUCAGUGUUUCGACAAGUUAAAAUGUACUAUUGAAAUAAAAAAAAAAGGUAUACCUGAAAA